CCAAUGUCCCGACAUGUGUUUAUGCAAAACGUCGGGUGCGUCUCACGUGAUAUCUCUCUAUUAUACAUUAGGACCCACUUGCGAGACUCUAUUAUCGACAGAUCUCAUCUUCUCUUCUGGUUACUGCUUCUUCUUUUACAUUGUUUCGUUUUUAACCUUUCGAUUCAAAGCAAGCAAGCAUGAGCUGGAUUCGUAGACUCGAUCUCAUCGACCCGUACUACACCUGUUCUCCUCCUCUCGUCAUCCACCGAGAAACCUCCAUUGUCAAACCUCCUUCAUCAUUCUUUGACCAUGUCUUCGAAGAAGAAGAUGUGGCUGCUUUCCCUUUCGGAUUCUCAUCACCUUCCCCACUCGAUCUAUUCUUCGAAACGGAUCUGGUCCUGAUCGAGAAAUCGAUUCGCCGCCGCAGGGAGGAAGAGUAUCCUCUGCAGUAUCUCUGCGACCGAGUCUCCCAGUUGGAAACUAAGUUCGAGCGUUGUUUGGUCGGAGGAGGAGGACGCGAUGGUUCCGACAGGAAGUAUAAACUGACAAAGGAGAUUAAAGCGGGCUCUGGAGAGCGGAAGUACAAAUGGGAGGCCGAGAUUCAAGGCCCGCCGGGGAGAAAGUACAAGUGGGAAGCUGAGCCGACAGAGAGGAAGUACAAGUGGGAAGCUGAGUUUGAGUGUCCUGUUGGGGAGAGGAAGUACACGUGGACUACGGAGAUUAAAGGCGGCAAGAAGAAGGAUGUAGUUGCUCUGAAGAAGGCCAAAGCUGCUGCUGAGGCUGCGGAGGCAGAGGAGAUGGAGGCGAAGAAGAAGAAGAAGAGUUAUAAUUGGACGACCGAGUUGAAGUCAGAGAGGGAGAACGGAGAGAUGCAGCACACCUAUACGAUUAAAGCUUCUUCUUCUGGAGGCGACAAGGGGAAGAAGCAUGAGGAGAAGGAGAAGUUGAAGAAGAUCAAGAAGAAGGAGAAGCCACGUGUUGUUGUGAUUGAGGAGGAUGAUGAAGAAGAUGAAGAAGAAGAUGACUCUGAGGAACAUGGUGCCAUCCUUCUCAGGAAGGCGUAUUCUCGAAGGAGUGGAGCAGUUAGGAGCAAGAAGGGGAAGAACAAGGAGAUGCCACCUGAAUAUGCGGCUGUCAUGAUCCAGAGGGCUUUCAGAGCUUAUCUGAUUCGCCGCUCAAAAGCAUUACGUGCUCUUCGUGAUCUAGCUAUCGCAAAGACCAAACUCAAGGAGUUAAGAGCUUCCUUCCACAACUUCAACUACCGCCGCGUCAUCUCUCGUGAUGCAGAGGAGCGCCAGAAGUUCUCUGAGAAGAUUAUUGUCCUCCUCCUCACGGUUGAUGCCAUUGAGGGAGUUGAUGUAAUGGUUAGAGGAGCAAAGAGAUCAAUGGUGGAUGAGCUGGAAGCAAUGUUGGAGGUUGUAGACCCGCAACCACAGCAGGGGAAGUCAUUGUCGAUGAGGAGAAGAACUUUCGAUAUGCCAGACACUAUGAUCCGCAAUGAAAUCGCAGAGGGAGUGACUCAGAUUGUUCAAUUGCUUGAAACUGAAGAAGGGUGCACGUGAUUCAGAGGCUCUGUUUUGUUGUGUCUUGAAAUAAUUAAUUAGCCUCUUUUGUUUGUUUUCUUAGUGUCUUAAGAAUGUUUCUCUAGUUAUGGUGAGAAGAAAAUAAUGGGAGUGUCUGUUUAUCAGUCUCCCUUCCCUCGAAUAUUCUCUCGUGUGUCUUUUUAGUGUGUUGUGUUUUAUCAGUUCAUGUGUAAUCCUUUUGUGUUUCCAAACUUGUGGACUCUUGUUUUUCAAAUUGAUUAUGUUUUGAUU